AGAAGGGGCAGCCUGGAAAGGCCGGCUCUGGGCCACAGGACAAUGUGCAACCGACCGAGUUAUACACCAGAUCCCGGAUUAGAGAAUAGACUGGAUUAACCCGGACCGGCCUGGGGUCAGUUAACAGAUUGUAUAAAAUGCCUACUGCAGGAGUUCCUGCAGUUGAUGAUUCAGCAGGUUGUCACAGACCAGGUGUGGCAGAUUCUGAAGCUCAUUUCAUCUCACCGGCUCCCCAGAUCUUUCAAGAUAAUGGAUUCUCGGCUAAUUAUCUGGAUGCUUCUGCUGACUGUGACACCUCUGAUAGUGGGCCGUCCACUUCCACUGCCUUCCAGCCUGCUGACACAAGGAGCACUCAGAAAGUUCUCCAGAUUGAUCGGCAGCAGAUCCAAGCCGUGGAUCAGAGUGCCCAGGCUCUGGAGCUGCAAGGUCUCGGAGUCGAUGUCUACGACCAAGAUGUAUUGGAGCAAGGUGUUCUUCAGCAAGUGGACAGAGCGAUUAGUGAAGCCAGUCAAGCUGCCAAAAGAGCAGAAGCAGAUAAAGAGUACUGUUCUGUUUUAGAUGAUCUGAGGUCCACUACUGUCUGUCUGAAGCAAACAGAUAAGAUCAUUGAGCAGUUGACUCCACAUGCUGCUGCGAGCAAGGAAGUAAAGAGGAAGCUGGAGUCUGUGAAAAGACAGAGAGAGAACAAGGAGAGACAGUUGAAAAAGAUAAGGGCCAAACAGAAACAUCUCCAAGCCGUGCUCAGUGGUGCCGACAUUCAGAAGCUUGAAGCCGAGUAUGAAUCUUGCGAUGAAGAACCAGGUCCUUCAUCGUUAGGAAGUAUGUUAAUGCCGGCACAAGAAACAGAAUGGGAACAUCUAAUCCGCACUGGACAGAUGACACCUUUUGGCACUAAAAUACCUCAGAAAGAAACAAAAAAGGAGCCUCGCAAGAUCAUGCUGAAUGAUGCAUCUGAUUUUGAGAAGUAUCUGGCUGAUCAGGCAAAAAUGGCUGCGAUACGGAGGAAGUCUUUCACGAAAAGAGCCAAGCAGAGAAAACCAGUUCCUGACCAGGCCGAAACUAAGAUAUCAGUUGGCAAAACUCAAAAUCCAAAAGGUUUCCCGAAGAAAAAUAGCACUGUGUCAAGAACAGACCGCAAACUGAAAAAACAUUUGCAGAAACUGCAGCGCAAGACUCUUGAGAUUAAAUUUAAGGCCGGUGCUCCAGCCAAGAAAAAUACCCUGCAAGAUCUGCUGAGAGGGCAAGAAGGCAAAGGCUCAGACAGUGAAGAGUCACUUUAUGUUCCUGAUGAGGAGUUACUUUAUCCAGAUGAAAUUGGUAACAGCAAUGAUGAAGUAUCUGAUAAUGGCAGAUUUAAGAAAGCGGCAAAGAAAAGGCAAAAACACGACCACUCGGGUGAAGCUUUUUCACCAAGCUCAGGAGAAGAUGAAUCGAGAGGCAGGAUAAAAGCGCACAAGGAUGAUGGAAAUGAGGAGCUCUACAGGAAAAGAUUGAGGAAAUGGAAAAGGAAGAGGCUGCUGGAAAAGGAAGAGCAGCAAGCAAAUGGCGAAGGUGCUGAGUCCGAUGAAAGUGACGCAGAGUUUGAUGAGGGGUUCAAAGUGCCUGGCUUCUUUUGGAGAAAGCUAUACAAGUAUCAGCAGACAGGUGUUCGGUGGCUUUGGGAAUUACACUGCCAACAGGCAGGAGGAAUUUUGGGAGAUGAAAUGGGACUAGGCAAGACCAUCCAGAUAAUUGCCUUCUUGGCAGGCCUGAGCUACAGCAAGAUAAGGACACGAGGCUCAAAUUACAGAUAUGAGGGCUUGGGACCUGUGGUCAUUGUUUGCCCAGCAACAGUGAUGCACCAGUGGGUGAAAGAAUUCCACACAUGGUGGCCACCAUUCAGAGUGGCAGUCCUGCACGAGACAGGUUCCUUCACCAGCAGGAAGGAGAGGCUCAUUCGAGAAAUCGCAGCAUGUAACGGUAUUCUGAUCACCUCGUAUUCCUACGUCCGAAUUAUGCAGGAGUCCAUUGCAUACUAUGACUGGCAUUAUGUAAUUUUGGAUGAAGGGCACAAAAUACGAAACCCAAAUGCUGCAAUUACCGUUGCAUGUAAACAGUUUCGCACUCCCCAUCGCAUUAUCCUGUCUGGUUCACCGAUGCAGAAUAACUUGAAGGAGCUCUGGUCUUUAUUUGACUUUGUUUUUCCAGGAAAGCUAGGAACAUUGCAAGUCUUCAUGGAACAAUUUUCUGUCCCUAUCACAAUGGGAGGCUAUCAAAAUGCCUCACCUGUUCAGGUGCAAACUGCCUAUAAGUGUGCUUGUGUUUUACGGGACACCAUAAACCCGUACUUGCUGCGACGAAUAAAAGCAGAUGUAAAAAUGAAUCUGGCAUUGCCAGACAAGAAUGAACAGGUUCUGUUUUGUCGUUUAACAGAGGAACAACGUGAAGUCUACCAAAACUUUAUUGAUUCCAAGGAAGUCUAUCAGAUUCUCAACAGAGAAAUGCAGGUAUUCUCUGGCCUGAUAGCUCUCAGAAAGAUCUGUAAUCACCCAGACCUGUUUUCUGGUGGCCCCAAGAUCCUGAAGGGGGUGCCUGAUGAGCAGCUGACAGAGGAAGAGCACUUUGGGUAUUGGAAGCGAUCUGGAAAGAUGAUUGUAGUCAAUGCUUUGCUAAAGCUGUGGUACAAACAAGGACAUCGAGUACUUCUUUUCUCUCAAUCCCGACAGAUGUUGGACAUCUUGGAGGUGUUUAUACGAAAUCUAGACUAUUCAUACCUUAAAAUGGAUGGAACAACUACAGUAGGGUCUAGACAGACACUCAUUUCUAGAUACAAUGAGGAUUCCUCUAUAUUUGUCUUCCUCCUCACAACUAGAGUUGGUGGUUUAGGAGUUAACUUGACAGGAGCAAACCGAGUUAUUAUCUACGACCCUGACUGGAACCCGAGUACUGACACACAGGCCCGAGAGCGUGCCUGGAGGAUAGGCCAAAAGAAACAGGUUACUAUUUACAGGUUACUAACAGCCGGGUCAAUUGAAGAAAAAAUCUACCACAGGCAAAUUUUCAAGCAGUUCCUGACUAAUCGAGUAUUGAAGGACCCAAAGCAGAGACGGUUUUUCAAAUCUAAUGAUCUUGUAGAGCUUUUCACAUUAAGCAGUCCAGAUGGUACUCAGGGAACAGAAACAAGUGCAAUUUUUGCAGGCACAGGUUCAGAUGUUUACGCACCUACCAGAAGAAAAGCUGGGAAAAUCUCCGGUUCAUUCAGGAAGACAAAUGACUCGCCACCAGAUCAAGAUUCCAGCAAGCAAGUCAAGUUACCACCUGAUUUGUCUCUCCAGUGCCGUUUAGACAAAAGUCAGUCAGGAAAACUUUCUAUUAACCCACAAAAUGAAAUAAAAGCAAACACUGUUUUUGGCAUUGGUGAAACUGUCACUGAGGUAAAGCAGGAAAUAAAAAGUGCUGAAUUUCCAACUGUUUCAGAGUCUGAAUAUGAAAGGCUUGAUCAACCAACCAAUUCUGCACGUAAGGAAACUGACAACAAUAAUGCAGAAUCUACACUCAACAAUAAAGCUGGACUACUUGAUCAUGACCACAAACAAGGACCAAUCAUUCUGGACGAGGACAGGAAAGACUGCACUCUGAACGCAGAAAAACUGCAAAAUACAAGUGGUGCUGCCUUAGGAGAAACUAGUAACAGCAAUAAACUUCAUCAUAAACACCAGUCUAAAACAAAACAUCAAAAAACUGAGGGUGAGCAUGAUGAUGCUCUUUCAGUGUAUAAGCAAAAACACAGAAAACACAAACGCCAUAAAGAUGCAUAUUUUGAAGGUGAACGUAUUCCCCACUUGGUUAAAAGGAAGAAACUCAAAAAGAGAGACCAUGAGGAAGAGCAAAAAGAAAAGGAAGUCUGCAGGCAGAGUGAUGAUUAUGUAUUGGAAAAGCUCUUCAAAAAAUCUGGAAUCCACAGUGUGAUGAAGCAUGAUGUUAUUAUGGAGUCAUCCAACCCUGAUUAUGUAUUAGUUGAAGCAGAAGCUAAUCGAGUUGCUCAGGAGGCUUUGAAAGCACUGAAGGCCUCGAGACAGCGUUGCCUGGGUGUCUCUUCUGAUGUGCCAUCCAGGAUAAAUAGCAGUCAGCUGUCAGGGACAACUGCUGCUAUAAAGCAAAGAUUUGGUCAGAAGAAAAACCCACUGCUUCCAACUAGCAGCUCUUCUUCCAAAUGCACUCCAGAAAAAUGCAAGGAUGCUGCUGUCAUUGAAAAGGACGAAGCUGCCAAGUCUCAUUUCAGUGGCGUUCCAACAGAAGAAGAGGCAGGUCGUAUGCUCCCAUCCUCUUCCUCAUUACUGGCCAAAAUGCGAGCAAGGAAUCACUUGACUUUGUCUCAAAGCCUUGAAAGUGAUGAGAGCUCCGAGCCUGCGACAGUGCCCCCACCUGUUCCAACUGAGCAUGAUGAGCUGUUGGUGGACAUGAGGAACUUCAUUGCAUUCCAGGCUAGUGCUGAUGGGCAAGCCACAACUGCUGAGUUGUUACAGGAGUUUCAGUCCAAGUUAUCACCUGCUCAGACAGUUGUUUUCCGAGAACUUCUAAGAAACUUGUGCACUUUCCACAGAAAUGCGUCUGGGAAUGGAAUUUGGACACUGAAACGAGAAUUUCAAUGAACAUUCCUGGUGCUGCUAAUAAUCAUGUCAGCAGUGUCACUGAGAACUAACUUUAAUUGCUGCUAAGUAAUGCAAUAAUUUCAAUAAGAAGGCUUGAAUUAUCCGUGACAAAUUUGUGUUGUCAAAAAGAAAACUUGAAAGUAUAGAACUGAUUUCAAUUUACUCCUCUGCAGGGAUAAAAUUUAACACUGAAAGAAAAAACUGCAACAAAGCUGUAUUUUUUUGUCAGUGGCAUAAACUUAAAAGAAAGAGUUUUAACUUGGGUUAUAUUUCUUGGAAAUUUAAUGUUGACAAGUUGCUAUGGACCUGAUAUGAAAAAGAACAUUUAAAAUUGUGUUGUGUCAAGUUUGAAUUCAUGAUUUCAAAGCACUUACUUUUUAGUCUUGAAUAUCACCAUAUUUAGUUUUGAUCCUAAAAUGUCUGAAAUUUUUCACUUAUUGAUGACCUGAUUUCAUUGGAAGACAAGCUUGUUUACUAUGGGGAAUGUUUAAUUAGCAUAGCCCAGUUAUAUUGGUAAAUAGUACACAAUUGUAAAUGUUAAUUAAAAACUAAAUGCAUACAAACAUCUUAAAUAAACCAAAGUUUUUUUUUAUUUUGCUAAAAAUUUCUUUUUGUUACAUUGAACUGGUUUUUGAGAAAUAGAUAAAUAUAAUCUGAAUAAAAUCAGAACAUGGGUUAAAAUUGUAAAUUUUAAUAUGGAACACUGGAUUGGUCAGUGAAAAUAACAUUUGUUUUCUUUGUGUGCUUUAAAAAAAUUCACUAUAAGACAAUAAGAUAUAACAUAAUGCCAAUAUGCAUUUUGCAAUAAUACAUUACCUAUGAUUGCUCCACUGCCUCUACUUCACUUCCAUUUGAACUGCUUGAUUUUAUUUUCACAGUUCAAGCAAGCAUAAUUUGAAAAUUUCUGGCCCCAAUAUUUUGCUGUUCUUCCUUUUUCCUGUCAGCUGCUGAAAUCUGAAGACUUGAAUUUAUGUAGCACCUUAUCACAUCCUCAGGGCAUUUGAAAAUGCUAUUUGGCCAGUGAGCCAUGUUUUGAGGUGUAAUCAUUCUUAUGCAACAGCCAACCUAAGCAGAAAGAAAACAUCUACGAACACCAAAUGAAUCAGUGACCCAGUCAUCUAGUUUUUGACAGUCUUAGUCAAAACAUUAAGAUAUUUGCUUGCACUUCUUUGAGUGGUGCAUUGGGGUCCUUCUGAGCACGUGAAGUUUAGGUUUGAUGCCUCAAUACCUUUGAUUGUACAGCUCUUCCUCAGUUCCAGAGCUAAUUGCCUGUAGAUGAGACUGGGACCACAAUCUGCUGAUUCAGGUACAAGUGUUAGCAACCAAGCGUGCCAGUUUAGAAUUCACUAUAUUUAGUUUGUGUUGGAGAGCUUCCACUUAAAAUUAAAAAAACUAGUUUCCAUUGAAAAGAAACACUGACAUUUUUCAGUUUCUUCAGUAACAUCAAAAGUUAUUUCCUUAGUUUUGAACCCAUUUGGAUGUUUUUUUAAUGUCUUUAUACAUUGCUGUUUCAGUGUUGAAUGUAACUAACUUAUGUGAGGUGGUGAAAUUAGGAUUUGAACAAGAGUUUGACUCCUUACAUUGACAAUAAUGGAUCCUCUUUGUUAAUGUGUAGGUCAGUACUGCAAUAUCUUCCAACUUUAUCUUCAAAAAGAAUUUAGUUCUUUCACCUCACUUUGGUCUUUUAAGGCUGAAUUCUGGAAAGAAUUAAGAGACAACUCACAUAACGUAUUGAGGAUUGUCCAAUGUUUCAUUGUAGAAUUAAAUAAUUUCAAACUUUUUUUGCUGGCAUCUAAGCUUCUGUGGAGAUAUUUUAACAGUUCCGUGUUGAAAGUCCUCAAUACUUUGUCUAACUUUUCAUUUUAAGUCAAUGCAAAUCAUGACCUGCUUCAUUAGCAGCUAUUUAAAUAAAACUGUUCAUUGGACUUAGUUUGUGGGCUAAUCCAAGUGAGGAGGGUAAAAUUUCUUCUGUCAGUAAUUUUGGUGAGAAGCCUCUAGCUCUAUAAUUAGGGAACUUUUUAACAAAAUUUUCAGCAGGAGAGGUUCAUCUGUUGCUUCUAACAAUGCGCAAUUGCAUUCAACAUCCAAAUAAAUUGUCAAACCUUGCUGCAAAUGCAACUAUUUGUUACUGUGUACACUAAUCACUGUCCAAUUUUCAUACAGUUUUCUGAAAUGUUGUGGUUGGUUGGCUCACCGAACUCGUUCGUUGUUCCGCAGAUGUUUCAUUACCCUGCUGGGUAACAUCAUCAGUGCAGCCUCCGAUGAAGCAAUCUUGAGUUUUCCCGCUUGUUAUUUAAACUCUGGUGUUCGUUGAGCUGGAUUACCUCACUUCUGGUUUUCCUCCGCAAUGGAGUGUAUAUGGGGUCUAUCUGUAUGUGUUGGUUGAUGGCUUUCUUAGUGGAGUACCAAGCUUCUAGGAAUUCCGGUGCUUGUCUCUGCUUUGCCUGUCCCAAGAUCCUGGUGUUGUCCCAAUCGAAUUGAUGGUUCUCCUUAUCCACGUGGAUAGAGAUGAGUGAGUAUUGGUCGUGUCUUUUUGUUGCCAAUUGAUGUUCAUGUAACCUUGUGGUUAAUUUCCUUCCUGUUUGUCCAAUGUAGUGUUUGUCACAGUCUCUGCAGGCAAUCUUGAAUAAGAUAUUGGUCCUGUCCAUAGUGGGUAGUGGGUUUUUGGUCCGGGUGAGCAGUUGGCAUAGGGUGGAUGUGGGUUUGUGUGCUACUCUCAUGCCCAGUGGUCAUUGGAGUCUUGUGGUCAGUUCAGAUGUGUUCCUGAUAUAAGGUAGCAUGGUGAGUGUGUCGGGACAUGUAGUAUCUUCCUGGUGUCGUUCGUGUAAUAGGCAUCUUCUGACCCAGUUUUUCGGGUAUCCAUUGUCUUUGAAUACCUGGAAGAGGUACUCUUCUUCUUCUUGGCAUAGUUCUGUGCUGCUGCAGUGUGUUGUUGCCCAUUUAAAUAAUGUUCUCACGCAACUUCGUUUUUGUGUGUUAGGGUGGUUGCUGUUGAAAUUCAGUGCUUGGUCAGUGUGUGUGGCUUUCCUGUGUACCUUUGUUAGGAAUUCCACAUUUGUCGUGCGUUCCACCGUGACAUCCAGGAAUGGGAGCUGUUUGUUCUUCUCCUCUUCUCUGGUGAAUCUGAUCCCAGUGAGGGUUUGAUUAUUAGUUCAUGUGUCUCCUCUAGUUUGGUCCGUUUAAUAAUGACGAAGGUGUCGUCCACGUAGCGUAUCUAUAGUUUUGGUUGGAUUAGCGAAGGGCCAUACUUUCAAGUGUCUGCAUCACCGCUUCAGCUAUUAGUCUGAAGAUAGGUGAUCCCAUGGGUGUCCCAUUGAUCUGUUCGUAUAUUUGGCCAUUAAAGGUGAAGUGGGUGGUGAGGCAUAAGUAGCUUCAGCAUGUUGUCUGUGUUGUUUUAGUAGUGCUGUCAUUGUUUCUCUUGCCAGUGGUAUGUCGAUUGAUGUGAAUAGGGCAAUAGCGUCAAAUGAUACCAUGGUCUCGUCGUCAUCUAUUCUUAGGUCCUUGAUGGAAUUGAGGAACUCUUGGGUUGAGUGGAUUGAGUGGCAUGACUUGCUGACAAGGUGCUUUAGUCUCCUUUGUAGCGCCUUGAGUAAUCUAUGCGAUGGCGUGCCUGGCAGGGAGACUAUGGGUCUGAGGGGUACUUCCAGUUUGUGUACCUUUGGGAGGCUGUAGAAUCUGGGGGGGCGCGGUGUUAGUUCCUUCAGGUUUCAUUCUUAAGAAGUCUGUUUUGUUGAUUUGGCCGGUCUGUUUUGUUGAUUUGGCCGGUCUGUUUUGUUGAUUUGGCCGGUCUGUUUUGUUGAUUUGGCCGAUCUGUUUUGUUGAUCUGUCCGGUCUGUUUGAGUCUCUUUAGUGCGAUAAGAAUCUUUUUGCCCAGUUGUGGUGUUGGGCAUAUCUGCACUUGUGCCGGUAUGUGUUCUUAUCGGCUAGUAGUGCAUGUGCUUUGGAGAGGUAGUCCCUUUUAUUUAGAUUUAGUUUAUUAUUUAUUAUUAUUUAGCUUAAAUAACAGGUGGGAAAACGCAACAGCGCUUUAUCAGAGGCUGCACUGGUGAUGUUACCCAGCAGGCUAAUGAAACAAACCAGCUCGGCGAACCAACCAUCCACAACCCGAGCUACAAAUCUACUCUAAAAUGUUAGAGUUUCCUGAAAUCGCAGAAAGAAAUCCACCAAACAAGCUAAUGCGUAAAUUUGAAUUACUGUUUUGCAUUUUAAACAGGUGAACAAAAAAUUGUACACAAUUACAAAACGUACAAUUGUUCAUAUGUUCUAAUUUGAAAUCUUGCAAUGAGUAAUUGCAACAAUGAUUUUGGUACAUUUGCUUUACAAAUGCAGCAGUGCCCUCUAAUUAGCUGAUCUAAUGCAUAAGGUGCCAUAAAGUUAAUAGUGUACCUUUGUCACGGUAGUUGUUGAUGUGUUGUGAUGUCAAUGAAAAGGUUAUUUGUGUAUUUCAAUUGAAUUUUCAAAGCAUUAAAAUAUUAGAAUAAAAACCUCUUUUUCAAUCAU